GAGGACACUGCAUAGGACAGUGUGUCGUCGGAAAAAUGUAGAACAAAAAGUAAAUUCGCACCGUCGAAUAGAGAUAUGGCUUCGUGGAAUUCAAUUCCGCUGGAAAUCACAUACCAGGUUCUGGGAUGGACUGCUUUCCUGUCGUGGACUUUGUGCUACUACCCGCAAGUCAUCUCUAAUUUCCGUAGGAAAAGGUACGUAAUUCCUGCAACGCAAAUGACUUCCUAUCAUCUUCUUUCUCGUACUGGAUUUCAUUUCUACGGUUUUUUUUUUUUUUUUGUGUUGGGAUGUGAACAUAGUGUGGUGGGGUUGAGCUUCGACUUCGUUAUACUGAACUUAACGAAGCACACGUCUUAUCUGAUACACAACGCGUCCCUCUACUUUAGCUCCGCUAUUCAGAAGCAAUACUACGAAAAAUACGGCUAUGGACAGAUGAUACCUGUGGCUGCAAAUGAUGUUGCUUUCUCUAUCCACGCUGUUCUUGUGACAUCAGUUAUCUUGCUCCAGAUUGCAAUCUAUGAACGCGGAGGUCAGAAGGUUUCCAAGAUAACCAUUGCAAUCGUAUCCGCUGUAUGGUUGUUUGCUGCUGUUUGUUUUUUCAUAGCUUUGCCAAGCCGUUCCUGGCUUUGGCUAAUCUCCAUCUUUAACUCAAUUCAGGUUUUCAUGACAGUCAUCAAAUAUAUUCCUCAGGUGUUUAUGAAUUUUGCGAGAAAGAACACAGAAGGAUUCAGCAUUGGUUACAUUUUGCUGGAUUUUUGUGGAGGGGUGACAAAUUUGAUGCAAAUGACUGUGCAAUCUAUUGAUCAAGGUUCUUGGGUGAACUUUCAUGGGAACAUGGGAAAAAUGUUGUUAUGCCUGGUGUCCAUAAUCUUUGACAUUAUAUUCAUGUGUCAACGUUUUGUGCUCUAUCCUCACAAGGAACCCCAAGUCUCCCCUAAAUCCAUCGAGGAAAGUAGAGAGCCACUUGUUUUAUCUGUUGACAGCCGAGAGUCUGAAUGAAUAUGCAUAAACUUUGCUCUACUCAUUGUAAAAGUCACUUGAAUUUAGUGGGUUUCUGUGUUUUUUCUCCCUCAAAAGAAACACUUGAUUUUACAAAUAAUGAAAUGAAUACGA